AUACCUAUUAUAAUACAAUUGAAGCUAUCAAUAGAGCUAAAAAAGCAAGGGCCAACCAAUCACUGAUUAGAUGGGUUGUGAGUUCGGGCAUUUCCUUUUCAACUUUUGAUAAUUUGUACUUCGAAGAUUUCACAAAAAUAUUAAACCUUGGAUAUAAUUCAUCUAGGUGUAAUACAUUAGCAUUGUUGGUUUUAGAUGCAGAAGUAGCAAAUAUUACUUUAAAAAUAAAAAAGGAACUAUUUAAAGCUAAAAAUCUUACUUUAUAUAUAGAUAGUUGGUGUAGCCCAUUAAAACAUAAUAUAUACGCUUUUGUUAUUAUAACAAAUAAAAGAAAGCAGUAUGUCUAUUCUUUACAAAAUUUUUCUAAGUUUUCCCAUAUGGCAAAUUUUAAUGCUAAAAAAAUGAUAGAAAUAUUAGAAAAAGUUGGUCCAGAAAAAUUUAUCGCAAUAACUACUAAUGCUGAAUUAGCGAUGAUGGUAGCCAAACGACAAGUUAUAGAAAAAUACCUCAAAAUUUUACCUAUAAGAUGCAUUGUGCAUCACAUCCAAAAGAUUCUAUCAGAUUGUCAAAGUAGUGGUUGGACAAGUUGCGAACUUUUAAGGACUCAAAUGAAUCUGUACAAAAAUAAAGAAGAUCCCUUUGAAGAAGCAUUUAUUGAAUCCGCUAAUAUAGUAAUUAAUUGGUGGAUAUCUAUAGAACUCAAAAAAAAUAAAGACUACAUCAAGAUGCUUGCUAUACGAAUUCAUUCUAUUUCUCCUCAUAAUGCUGCGUGUGAACAUACCUUUAAAGAACUUGAAGAAGAUAUGGAAGAAGAUAUAGAAGAGUCUUCUGAGGAAACAGAUAAUUCUGUCAGUGAAAAUUCAUUAAAUUUAGAAAUUGGAAAUUUUAUAUCUUUAUCUUCCAGACUAAAAUUCAACGAAUCGUCAAGCUUAAAUAAAGAAAUUGAACAUGGAAAUAGAGAUUUUGAUGUGAAUGAUUUAAUCG